UCCCGCACCACUUCGUACCACAGCUCAAGAAGCAACAAAACACAGCAACUGACUUGGCAAACAUGACAAUGGCCAGUAGGGUCCUCCUCGUCCUGGCCGUGGCUCUCGUGGCCGCGGCGGGCUCCUGCAGCGCUAGCUGGGAGCUGAACAUCCGGAUGCCGACAUCGGCAUCCCAGAGGCUGCACGCCGCCAUGGAGGACGGCGCCGUGCACGUGGCGCCGCUCAUCCACGCGCUCCGGCCGCUGCUGGGCUCCGGCGGCGAGAUGGGGAGCCUUGGCGGCGUGGCGUGCGACAGCUGGCUGCUGGGCGUGGAGGCGCACAACGUGCGCGGCUGGAAGACGAUCCCGGCCAAGUGCGAGGGCUAUGUUGGCCACUACAUGCUCGGCAGCCGCUUCCGGCGGGACUCCAAGGUCGUCAUCGACGAGGCCAUCGCCUACGCCGAGGGGCUCAAGCUCGCCGGCAACGGCAAGGACGUCUGGGUCUUUGACAUCGACGAGACCACCCUCUCCAACCUCCCCUACUACGCCACCCACGGCUUCGGGGCAAAGCCGUUCAACGCGACGAGCUUCAACGCGUACGUGUUGGAGGGGAGCGCGCCGGCGCUGCCGGAGACGAAGCGGCUGUACAACAAGCUGGUCUCCAUGGGCGUGAAGCCGGUGUUCCUGACGGGCCGGACCGAGGACCAGAGGGUCAUCACCGAGACAAACCUCCGCCGCCAGGGCAUCACCGGGUGGAUGAACCUGCUGCUCAAGCAGCCAGGCUUCAAGGGCUCCGCGGUGGCGUACAAGUCCGGCGAGAGGCAGAAGCUGCAGGACGCCGGGUACGCCAUCGUCGGCAACAUCGGCGACCAGUGGAGCGACCUCCUCGGCGCCCCCGAGGGCAGCCGCACCUUCAAGCUGCCCGACCCCAUGUACUACAUCGGCUAGAUCAGGCUUCGAUCUAGCCGAUGCUUUGUCUUAUGCAUGAUUCAUCAAUAAUCCCCUGUCCUUUUUUUUCUUCCUUUUUUUCUUUUGAUUUGCUGGUUGAUUUCGUGAGGUGAGAAGAUUGACUGGAAAUAAUCAUCGUGCAUGUUGAUUAAUUGAGGGGCCAUGAGCCAUUGUUGUUUCA